AUGGCGCAUAAUUGUGUAAGAUUUGCAGGGAAAGUUGCUGUUUUAACAGGAUCAACAGAUGGCAUUGGCCUAGCAAUUGCCAGAAGAUUGGGACAAGAAAAAGCCAAAGUGGUUGUGAGUUCUCGAAACAUUGAUAACGUUAACAGAGCCGUAGAAGAACUCCGCAAAGAGAAUAUUGAAGUAAUCGGAGUAAAGUGCCACGUAUCCAAUAAAGAAGAUCGAGCUAAUUUAAUACAAGAAGCGAUUAAGAAUUUUGGAGGUGUUGAUUUAAUGGUUGCUGCAGCAGGUGUUAAUCCUUAUGUAGGAUACAUAACGGAAUGUCCUGAAAGUUCUUUUGAUAAGAUAUUUCAAGUUAAUGUGAAGGAUUCUUUUCUCAUUGCCAAAGAAGUUAUUCCUUUUAUGAGAAAACGAGGCGGAGGAAGUAUUCUCUUUUUAUCCUCUAUUUCAGCCUACAAGUUUUCUUCGGUUGUUGGGGUUUAUGGAGCUGCUAAAACCGCAUUAUUGAGCAUUACUAAAGCAUUUUCAAAGGCCGUAGUUGACGAUAAUAUUCGUGUAAACUGCCUAGCAGCUGGAGCAACUGAUACAAAAUUUUUAAAUGGGGCCAUGAGAGAUUCAGUAUUCUCUUCUAGUGUUCAAAAUGACAUUCCAAUGAAGCGAAUUGCACGACCAGAAGAAAUAGCAGGACCAGCAGCAUUCCUACUUUCAGACGAUGCUAGCUACAUCACAGGAGAGACCGUGGUAGUUGGUGGAGGAAUGCAAAGUCGUUUAUAAAAAAAAUGUCUCUUUAGUCCUUAAUAGCAAAAGUAUCCCGAAACAAUCCAAAGAUAAGGGCUCCAGCAGAGCUUUGGUUGUUAAGGAUCUGUUAUUGAAUUGAUAGUACAUACCAACUGUAUGUAGAAUGCUUUAUGCAAUGGGUUUUUUUUUUUUUAAUAAACUUUAAAAUGAAGUGGAUGUGUCAAGUCAA